AUGGUCUCCAGGACAGACGAAGUGCCUCCGAAAGCGUUGGAAGAGCUGUGUAUUGUCAAGGUAAAGCCAAAAGAUUUCGGCGAAUACGACGACGAGAAGCUUGCCCUACUCUUCCGCAAGCAAUUCCCAAGCACCUACGGGACCAUGACGUCGAAUGGCAUCAAGAACUUUCGGAACAGUGUGGCGGCCUCUGGUGAUUACAAAGAAAUCUAUACCAAGAUGUCCGGUGAAAAUGAUCGGAAAGUGAUCUUGGCGAUGAAGAAAGAGAUGGACAAAUGGACGCAGCAAGCUAAAGCAGGUAGCCGUUAUGCUGAAGAUCGUAGUACCUUUGAGGGGGGCGACUUCGAUACAGAAGCGUCUCUCUCUGCGAAGGAGCUUGCUGAUGAGGCGCUACUGGACGCCAGGCUCAGAGGCGAGCCCGAAGAUGAGGAGAACCCCGCAUGGUUUCGAUAUCAUCACUUCUUCAGCAAGCACGAGUUGGUGAACCUCUGGACGCAGAAGCUGCUUAUGGCAUUUGAAAGAUUUGCUCCAUCCACUGUCGUUGUAGAACUCAAGGAUGAGGAAUGCACGUGUCCAAAUACCUGCUGCAAAUUCCGUGCAUUGGCUGUUCUUUGCAUCUGGAAUGUUCUGAAAGCCGCGCCUUGCCGUGGCUACUAUUGCGAUCUGGUGCAAACAAUACGAACUGCGGAGGAAGAUGGCGGGAUCGAGGUUCCCAGGAGAAUCCACAUAUUCAAAUCAACUAACGAUGAGACUAUCCCAUGUCAGACGACGUUUGAUGACCCGCCGAUGUGGCUCCUGCAUACUGCGGAAAAGGAAGUCGAGGAUAAUGGGGGUUUCUAG